AUGCAAUGUUCCUGGAAGGCAGUGAUCCUGCUGGCCUUGGCCUCCAUCGCCAUCCAGUACACCGCCAUCCGGACUCUCACCUCCAAGCCCUUCCAGCUCUGCCCCGUGCCAAGCCCCCAGAACUGUGGCCUCCUGGGAGGUCCCGAGACAGAGUCCCCCAUAGAGGGGCGGGCCGGCUGCGACGACUACCCCUAUUUCAGCUUCAACGCCUCCCGUAAGACCCACAUCAUGGUGCUGGCUACAACGCGCAGCGGCUCCUCCUUCGUGGGCCAGCUGCUCAACCAGCAUGCUGACAUUUUCUACCUAUUCGAGCCACUCUACCAUGUCCAGACCACGCUGAUCCCUCGGCUAUCUCACAGCCGCAACGCAGCCGACCGCAGGGUGAUGCUGGGUGCCAGUCGCGAUCUCCUGCGGAGCCUCUACGGCUGUGACCUCUACUUCCUGGAGAGCUACAUUAAGCCGGCACCGGCCAACCACACCACGGACAAGCUGUUCCGCAGAGGGGCCAGCCGGGCGCUAUGCUCGCAGCCCGUGUGUGACGCCUUUGGACCCACCGAUGCCAAUGUGGAGGAGGGUGACUGCGUCAAGAAGUGCGCCGCCCUCAACAUGACCCUGGCGGCCGAUGCCUGCCGUGAGAAGCGGCAUGUGGCAAUCAAGGUUGUGCGUGUGCCGGAGAUCGGGGACCUGCGGGCGCUGGUGGAGGAUCCACGGCUGAACAUCAAGGUUAUCCAGUUGGUGCGUGACCCUCGCGGGAUCCUGUCGUCGCGGAUCGAGACUUUCCGGGACACCUACCGUCUGUGGAGGAUCUGGAGGGCCACAGGGCGGAGGCCCUACAACCUGGACCUCAGCCAGCUGACGGUGGUUUGUGAGGACUUCCUCGGCUCUGUGUCCACAGGGCUCAGCCACCCCCACUGGCUCAAAGGGAAGUAUAUGCUGGUGCGUUACGAGGAUCUGUCCAGGAACCCUCUGCUGAAGACCAUGGAGAUAUAUGACUUCCUGGGUCUGUCGAUGGACAAGAGCGUGGAGGAGUGGAUACAGACCAACACUAGGGGCAGCACCGAGCUGUCGGCUAAACACAAGUACGGUACGGUGAGAGACUCAGCGGCCAACGCCGAGAGCUGGCGCUUGAAACUGUCCUACGACAUGGUGGAGUACACGCAGGCCACGUGCCAGAAGGUUCUACAUCAGCUGGGCUAUAAGGCAGUAAAGUCAGCGGAGGAACUGAAAAACAUGUCGCUCUCACUCGUGCAGGACAAAACUUUUGUACCUUUUUCGUAA